AUGUGUGUGCAGGAGCUGACGGAGCUGUCGGAGCUGACGGAGCUGACGGAGCUGACGGAGCUGUCGGAGCUGACGGAGCUGUCGGAGCUGACGGAGCUGUCGGAGCUGACGGAGCUGUCGGAGCUGACGGAGCUGACGGAGCUGUCGGAGCUGACGGAGCUGACGGAGCUGACGGAGCUGUCGGAGCUGUCGGAGCUGACGGAGCUGUCGGAGCUGUCGGAGCUGACGGAGCUGUCGGAGCUGACGGAGCUGUCGGAGCUGACGGAGCUGUCGGAGCUGUCGGAGCUGUCGGAGCUGACGGAGCUGACGGAGCUGACGGAGCUGACGGAGCUGUCGGAGCUGUCGGAGCUGUCGGAGCUGACGGAGCUGACGGAGCUGUCGGAGCUGACGGAGCUGACGGAGCUGACGGAGCUGACGGAGCUGACGGAGCUGCAGCUGGGGUUGGAGCAGUUGUUAUGA